GUCAAGGUCCGUGCGAGGGUUACGACAUUGCAUCGCCCUCCAGCAGGACAGUCUGUGAGGCUGUUGGAGAAGCUGCACCUGCAGGUGGACCAAGCCCAGUGCAGGAUGAGGCUCUGGCUGCUGGUGGGUUUAGCGGCUGCGCUCACCCUUGUGGCGGUGGCCGGGGCCGACCUGGGGGACUUGACGGAGGUGGAAGAUGCGGUAGGAGAGACAGAGCCAGGUGAACCAGCGAGAGCCAGGAGACAAGUGGAGAAACAGCAGCAACCCAGACGCAGACCCAGGCCUGAACCUACCUGGAGACCAGGCGUCCUGAGUCUUCUAAGGCCUGCCAAGGUGGAGGUCCAGGAUUCAGAAGUGAGAACCAGGAGGGAAGUUGAAAGAUAUCCACAGCGGCGACCUAGACCCAGAUCGAAUUCUCCAAGGCACUCAUUUUACAACUACGGCUAUAUGACUCUUCUUUCUUCCUCUGCCAACAUGAGCCUCCAGGAGGAAGAUGUGCUCCGUCCGUGCUGCUUGCUGACAGCAGAGCCCGAUGCAGCGCGAAUGAAGCCCAGUACCAGCUCUCUCCUUGCCCAGGGGCCUGCACCACAAGGGCGAGGCAGGAGGGCGGCUGAAGGAACUGAGCCACGCACACUAAAACCCAAGCGACCCAGGCUGCCCUGCUCGGGUUGCUACAGCCCUUUAGUGUCCCCCAAGGACAACCACCAGCAAGAGAGAGUUAAGAGGGAAGGCCAGAAACCACAGCAAGACAGACCCACAAGGAAGCCCAUUUGGAGACCCGGCUCUGGGUCCAUCAUAGGCUUGCGCCCCCAUGAGGAAGUCCAAAACAAGCUUCCCGCCCCCAAGCUCCCCUGUCCCGACUGCCAUGGAUCUGUAGUCACCAGCCAGGAGGGGCGCUCUGCUGAGGGGGUCCUGAGCCCCAGGACCAGGAGAGAAGACGAAAGGCCCACGGUGGCGAAGCGCAAAGCCAAGCAGAGAGCAAGAGAUGGACUGUACUGUGCUGGCUGCUAUUCCGGCCUCACGCUGCGGAGCCAGACACCCCCCUUGAGAGAGGCGGCGGAUGGAGGUUCAAGCGGAGAUUAGCUACUGCACCCACCUGAGGCGGAGUCCUUCCAGGCCUCACCUCCCUUGUGUAGCUAGGCAGCAGCCCAGGCUGGAGUCUGGUAGCCACCCCUCCCCUCCACGCCCCUGAGAUCAGUUACACGGAAUCUGGAUCCCAACCCCCCCGUCCCCCUCCAGCCAGUACAAACGCCCCUUGCUUCUCCUGCUGUAGGGCUGGGAUGGAUCCAAGGCCCCUUUCUCUGCAUCCUGCAAACCCACAACCCCACCCGCCCCUGCCUCGUUCCCUGUAACAGCACAGACAAGGGGAGUGCGGCCGCCUGGGGACCAGAACGGCCUGUCCCGUGGUGCCCUCUGGCCUCCCAAGCCGCUGUGCAGAGGCAGAUAGAUAGAAAGGAAAUUAAAGCUCCGUAUAAAGGGCUGAACUCACAGGGGUGUACAUGGGUCCAGCUCUGCUGCGCCGAGUGGAACUGCACCCGUUUAUACCUGCGGGGAACGUGAGCUAAGAGUGCAAAUAAACACAAAUACACUCGCUCUGUGUGACCUGCUCCUGUUGGCAGGGCUGGGCCGUGAGCCAGGGCCGCACGACUCUGCCCAGGGCUUCGCCGGCUCCUUUUCUCCAGCUCAUUUACUCCUGCUGUCGUCUGCUGAGGAGAGGGGGCCAGAGAGCCCCGUGGUGCAUGAGCCAAUGGGGGAGGGGUCACAUAGCAGCUUUAAUUUACAGAUACAGGCUGUGGAGACCACAGCUCCCAGCAUGCAAUACUCCUCCUCAAGCUGCAUGGCCUAGCUGAGCACCCUCACACUCAGCACGACCGUUCUGGUGGCCCCACAGCCCCAUACAGGGUGGGAGAUUUGGUUUCAGCUUGUGAUGCUGUAUCAGAGACCCACCAUGACAGCUGGCUCUAGGGCCUGGCUGUGCCGUGGGGACCCUCUGCUCUGACGAUGGCUCUGUAGUCAGGGCUGAGGCAUGCUGUUAUCUGGUGCGGAGGGGGGUGAUUUGCAAUGUCACUGCCAGUGCAGCACCUAUUCUUUGCGUAAAGAGAGGAAUUUAAUUAGCUCUUUAAUGAGCUGAAAAUCCGAAAGGCCUCCUGCGAAAAGUGGAAACAUGGACAAAUUGCAAAGGAGGAGCACAAAAGAACAGUGCAAGCACAUAGAGACAGAAUCAGAAAAGCAAAGGCACAAAAUGUGAGUUACACUAGCAGGGGAGAUGAAAGGAACUCGAAGUGGUUCUAUAGGUACAUUCACAGCAAGAGAAAGAGAAAGGAAAGUUUAGACGCACGGCUUAGUGGGGAGGGAGAGCUGGU